AUGGCGGCUUCUUCGUCUUCUGGAGCAGGACGGAUCUCAAAAGGCCCUCAAGUGUUCAUCAACUUCCGCGGAGAAGAGCUGCGCACAGGUUUUGUGGACUAUCUCGAGACUGCUUUGGAAGAAGCGAAAAUCAACGUUUUCAUAGACGACGACUUGGAGCUUGGCACGGAACUAAAGGACCUGUUCGUUAAGAUCGAACAGUCAAAGGUCGCGCUGGCGAUCUUCUCGAAAGAGUACUCUACUUCGGUAUGGUGCUUGGACGAGCUGGUUAAGAUAAAAGAAUGUGUGGAUAAAGGCAGUCUUAUAGGGAUCCCCAUCUUCUACAAACUGAAGACUUCCGUCGUGAGCAAUCUCGAAGGCAAAUUUGGUGAUAAUUUCAGGAGACUGAAACGCAAUCAUCAGCACGAUCUAGUCAAAACCGAGAAGUGGGAGAAAGCUUUAACGUCAAUUCCUGACCUAAAAGGCAUGCACUUGCCAGAAAAAAGUGAGCGGUCCGACAGGGAGUUCAUAAACUCAAUCGUCAUGAAAAUUACGACAGUGCUGGACAAGAUCCCAAUGGAACGAAACACAGAUAGUUCCAUGAUAUAUGCAAGGAAAAUCGAGAUCACUCAUUCGGAGAAACCCGAAAAUUGGACUUGGAGUUCAAUUCAAGAGGCACCAAAGGGAAGUUCUUAUACUAGGAAACUGACACCAGAAAAAAAGUACAAAGUUGUGUUCGUAGUGAAGUUAGAAGACAAUGCAACUGGAUGGGAUGAGCCAGUGAAUUUGAAUAUGAAGCUGGUCAUGCGCGAUAAAAGCGAGAUUCUCCAAGAACAGACAUGUCAUUUGGACGACUUUAUAGGUGACGAAUGGGCCGAGGUUAAGGCUGGAGAUUUCGUGGCCCCACCGAAGGACACACCAGCGAGGAUCUCGUUCACAAUGUUUCAAUAUGAUGACACCAUCCGGAAGACCGGGCUUGUGGUUAAAGGUGUUGCAAUUCGAUUGAUCUCAACACGACCGCUAGUAUUCAUCGAUUUCGAGCAGGAAGAUGUAAGCAAAGGCCUCAUAAGCUUUCUCGGGCCUGUCUUAAAAAAUGAAUAUGUAAAUGUCUUAAUAGACGAGGAAGAGGUAAGAGACAGGGAUAUAGAUAACCUGUUUCAAAGAAUCCAGGAUUCAAGGAUCUCACUGGCGAUCUUCUCCGAUUCAAAAUGUGGUCUUGACGAGCUACGGAAGAUUAGAGAACCCGUCGAUGAAGAGAUUCCUAUAUUCUACAAGGUGGACGUGGUUUCUGUUAAGAAGCUUAACAGAGACUUGGUUGAUCUACAAAACAGCGUAAAGACCAAGAAAGAUCUCAUAAAUUCUGUCAUGGAGGAAUUGACUAGAUUGCUUGGGAAUAUUUCCGUGGGAGUAAACAAAGAGAGAGAGGCAAAUAGUAAAUGUGUCAUGGUUCCUGCAAGGAAACUCCAGAUCAGCCAUUCUGAGAAGCUAAGAAAUUGGACAUGGAGUUCUAUCUACGAGGCACCGAAUGAAGCUGCCAUUGAAAUUGUGAUGCUGAAUGAAGUUUACUGGCUACACAUUUCUGGAAAUUUUCACACAAGAAAUCUAACACCAGGGACAAAAUAUGAGGUUGUGUUUCUGGUGAGCUUAGAGGAUACAUCUUCAGGAUGGGAGCAGCCGGUGAGCCUAAGCUUGAAGCUAGUUAAUCUAGAUGGAACAGAGAGUUUGCAAGAGCAGACAACAAGCUUGGAAGGUCACAUAGGCGAAAAAUGGGUUGAUAUUCAGGCUGGAGUUUUGGUGGCACCUCCUAGGAACGCGGCGGCGAAGAUGACUUUCACCAUGUAUCAAUACGUGACCACUGACCGGAAGAACGGGCUCAUGCUCAAAGGUGUUGCAAUUCGUCCCAUGCAGUAA